UCUCUCUUGAAGAGUAUUUUAUCUUGAAAGAUCUAGCCUAGCUAAGGGUGGAAGAUAUUGAUGAUGACCUCUAGCUACUCAAAUUCUCCAUGUGCUGCUUGCAAAUUUCUAAGAAGAAAAUGUAAUCAAGAUUGCAUUUUUGCACCUUACUUCCCACCAGAAGAGCCUAAAAAAUUUGCCAAUGUUCACAAAGUAUUUGGUGCAAGUAAUGUUAGUAAACUUCUAAAUGAAGUUUUACCUCAUCAAAGGGAAGAUACAGUGAAUUCUUUAGCUUAUGAAGCUGAAGCAAGGAUUAAAGAUCCAGUUUAUGGUUGUGUUGGAUUUAUUUCAGGGCUACAAAGACAACUCCUUGGUCUUCAAAAGGAACUUGAUGCUACAAAUGCUGAUUUGAUUCAAUUUACUAUUCAAGGUUCUUCUUCUCUUGGUCUUGGACAUGUUGAUUACUCUAAUGGUUUUUAUAAUUACCCUUCUAAUUUUGAGCAAUGAUAUGUGAUUUAAUUUCAACCUUUUAUAUGCAUCAAUUAGUUUCCUAUAUCAAUUUAAGUCAAGUUCACUAUUUAGGGUUUCCUAUUGUAAAGUAUUGGAUAUUUUGA